AAAUUAAAUAUAAAAAGCACGCGCUGCGCCUUUUCCUUCAAUCGUUUAUGUUUGUGAAGCCUCAUAACCGGCAGUUCGAACGUAGCGUUUUCCAAGUCAGUACUAAAUCACUAGUUUUGUGAAUUUCCUGUUUUCGUGUGUGAAAGUAAAGUAGAAAAAACUCAAUAUGCGUGAAUGUAUCUCUAUCCAUGUUGGCCAGGCUGGUGUUCAGAUCGGUAAUGCCUGCUGGGAGCUGUACUGCUUGGAGCACGGUAUCCAGCCCGAUGGUCAGAUGCCCUCUGACAAGACCGUGGGCGGUGGUGAUGACUCGUUCAACACCUUCUUCAGCGAGACUGGCGCUGGCAAGCAUGUGCCCCGUGCCGUCUUCGUCGAUCUGGAGCCGACUGUGGUGGAUGAGGUCCGCACUGGCACCUACCGCCAGCUGUUCCAUCCCGAGCAGUUGAUCACCGGCAAGGAAGAUGCCGCCAACAACUACGCUCGUGGUCACUACACCAUUGGUAAGGAGAUCGUCGACCUGGUGCUGGACCGCAUCCGUAAGUUGGCCGAUCAGUGCACUGGUCUUCAGGGCUUCCUGAUCUUCCACUCGUUCGGUGGUGGUACUGGCUCUGGCUUCACCUCUCUGCUGAUGGAGCGUCUCUCCGUGGACUACGGCAAGAAGUCCAAGCUGGAGUUCGCCAUCUACCCAGCUCCCCAGGUCUCCACCGCCGUGGUUGAGCCCUACAACUCUAUCCUGACCACCCACACCACCCUGGAGCACUCUGACUGCGCCUUCAUGGUCGACAACGAGGCCAUCUAUGAUAUCUGCCGCCGCAACUUGGACAUUGAGCGCCCCACAUACACCAAUCUGAAUCGUCUGAUCGGCCAGAUCGUCUCCUCGAUCACCGCCUCUCUGCGUUUCGAUGGUGCCCUUAAUGUGGAUCUGACUGAAUUCCAGACCAACUUGGUGCCCUACCCACGUAUCCAUUUCCCCCUGGUGACCUACGCCCCCGUCAUCUCCGCCGAGAAGGCCUACCACGAGCAGCUGUCCGUUGCUGAGAUCACCAACGCCUGCUUCGAGCCAGCCAACCAGAUGGUCAAGUGCGAUCCCCGUCACGGCAAGUACAUGGCCUGCUGCAUGCUGUACCGUGGUGAUGUUGUGCCCAAGGACGUCAACGCCGCCAUUGCUACCAUCAAGACCAAGCGUACCAUCCAGUUCGUGGACUGGUGUCCCACUGGCUUCAAGGUCGGUAUCAACUACCAGCCACCCACUGUUGUGCCCGGCGGCGAUCUGGCCAAGGUGCAGCGUGCCGUGUGCAUGUUGUCCAACACCACGGCUAUUGCCGAGGCCUGGGCUCGUCUGGAUCACAAGUUCGAUCUGAUGUACGCCAAGCGUGCCUUCGUCCACUGGUACGUCGGUGAGGGUAUGGAGGAGGGAGAGUUCUCCGAGGCCCGAGAGGAUUUGGCCGCUCUGGAGAAGGACUACGAGGAGGUCGGCAUGGACUCUGGCGAUGGUGAGGGCGAGGGUGCCGAAGAGUACUAAACACUUCACACAUCCGCACAGCCGGGGCGUCACUGGUGGACGGGGGCCCAGCCUUCGUCGAAACCAGUGUAUACGCCCAAAAACGAAGGAACUGGACUGCAACACAAGAAGACACGCUAACAAGAAACAGAAGAAGAAAGAAUAACCCAAAAAGUAUUCAACACAAAGACAGACAACUCGUAUAGUGGAGAUGCAAAAAGAAAACUAAAUGCGAUAAAUUGUGUAAAAGAAUAAAAUCGGCUGAAUGCAGUCUGGACAGCAAAACAAAA